AUGGCGCAACAAGGUCAAGCUGCGGAUUACUACAGCGGCGGCGGAGGCGCUCCAAUGCAGCAGCCUCAAGAUGCAUAUUACCAGGGCCAGCCAAAAUACCCCCAGGAACCACCCCAAUACGGCCAGAAUUAUGCGCCGCCUCAAGGACAACCACCCCAGCAGAACAAUGGAUACCAGCAAGACGGCUACGGCACGGACUCGAAGACGUUUGAGCAGCAGUUCAAGCUCGAUAAGCCCAAGUACAAUGACUUGUGGGCAGGCGCACUCUUCAUCGCUGUCUUCCUGGGCUACGUCGCUUUCGCGCUCAACUCCAACACGGUGAUCUUGUUUGCCUUUGUGCUGGGCAUGGCGACGAUCCUGAGUUAUGCGUAUAUCUGGGCAGCCAGGGCGUUCACCAAGCAGUUCAUCUGGAUUACGGGAAUCUUGACCCUUUACAUGCUCUCGCGCAGGUACUGGUCCGGUGGCAUCGUAUUCUUGAUCUUCAGCAUCUUCUAUGUGAUCUGCUUUAUAUCGUGGAUUCCCCGUAUCCCCUUCAGCGUCCUCAUGCUCCAGACCGCAAUCGAUGUAUCAAAGAAGUACGGCCAUACCUACAUCGUCUCCCUGAUCGGCGGCCUCCUCGCAGCUGCGCUAGGCGCUUGGUACUCAGUGACCUUGGUUUCCAUCUACGUGCAAUACACGCCGAACGGGAACAACUCGCAGUGCAAUAAUGGGGUCGGCAACUGUGGCAGUGGCAAGGUCAUUGGCCUCCUGGUCUUCGUCACCUUUGCGAUGUACUGGAUAAGCGAAUGGCUGAAGAACACAAUCCACACGACCAUUUCUGGCGUAUACGGCUCAUGGUACUUCAAUCCGAACUCUAUGCCCAAGGGAGCGACCCGCGGCGCAUUCAAGCGUUCGGUCACCUACAGCUUCGGAAGUAUCAGUCUAGGCAGCUUGAUUGUCGCGAUCAUCCAGUUCUUGCGCCAGAUCUGCUCAGCUGCCCAGCGCAAUGCCGCGAGUGAUGGAAACAUUGUCGGCUCAAUUCUGUUCUGCAUCUUGGGCUGCCUCAUUAGCUUGCUCAACUGGGCUGUCGAGUUCCUCAACCGAUAUGCGUUCAGCUACAUUGCGCUGUACGGAAAGAGCUACGUCGCAGCUGCGAAGGACACUUGGAGGAUGAUCAAAGAUCGCGGUAUCGACGCACUAGUCAACGAGUGCUUGAUCGGACCAGUUCUGUCCAUGGGCUCCACAUUCAUCGCCUACGCCUGUGCGCUUCUCGCGUACCUCUACCUUAUCUUCACGUCGCCAGCCUACAACUCCGACGGAGCCUACACUCCUGUGGUGGUCGCUUUCUCGUUCCUGAUCGGAUUGCAAAUUUGCAAUAUUUUCACGACCCCACUUUCCAGCGGUAUCGACACAAUUUUCGUCGCGAUGGCGUGGGACCCCGAGGUCUUGAUGAGGGAGCACUCGGACCUUUACCAUCGGAUGAUCGCGGUCUACCCGCACGUCCAGCAGGCUAUUCAUGCUUGAGCGUGGAGAUUAUAAGAAGGUUAUGUGUAAUGUUCGACGGAAUAAUCGGGAAAGGUUUAUGCGUGCUUGAAGUGUCAGAAGAGCCUGGAUAUAUUCAUGAGACUAAAAUUAGCUGGCUAAAUGAGAAAAGAGCUGUGUAUUCGUUCCGGACCCGAGAUGAAAUGUGCGAAAUUGAUACCGGACAUUCCACCAGGAUUACCAGGACCCAGUGCAAAGAAUCCACAAUAAUACUACAGUCGAUGACGAUCGAAGAUGCCCCACGUUCGCGUGCUUCAGUUCUCGCGUUCACAACCCCACCAAAAAACGAGGAAAUCCAUGUCAGUGUCAAAGUCCGUCGGUCUUGGCACUAGCUAAGUGCGGGAACGGGAGAGAUCCAUAGUUUGAGCUAUGACGUAGUCACGGGCUCGAAGAUCGCAUUCUAUCGCGAAAUCGCAUUGUUGGGAAUGCGGCGCGCUUUGGCGGAGAUCCACGGCCGAGAAUACAGUGAAAACACUGAGGCUGAGCAGUUGGGCCUCACGGCUGCGGCAUUAAUACUGCGCACAGUAAGGCGCUGCUUCGGACAGUCGAGAUAGUGGGGUAAUAUCACCAAGUUACACUCC